UAACAAUUUUACUCAUCAUAUGGUAUGCGUGUCAAAGGAUUUAAAAUUAUCAUUACCAUUUAAAGAGGAUGGUUGGAUUAUAUUCAAUAUACAACAAAUUGAUAUAAUAUCGUAUUUGCAUCGAGAAGAAGAUUAUAUAGCAUGGUAUUCUAUGUUUAAAGCUCUGGAAUACAUAUUUAGCACUUUUUCUGUAGCUAUGCUGGAAGAUAAAUUGUGGAAUUUUAAGAAUUACAUAAACCAUGCAUUAAACGAGGUACAUAAAAAAAUCAAAUAUGAAGGAAUUGAUGAUAGUAACGACCUUAGAAAAUGUUUAAGACAAGAAGCUGUAAGAUGGGCAUGUUUUCUCGGCGACUCCGAAUGUAAGACAGAAGCCAACAAUAAAUUAAAACAACAGUUCCAAAAUUCCACAAACCACAAGUAAAUAUUGUUAUAUAUUUUUAGCCUUUCUUAAUCAUUCUUGUAGAUAUCGUCUAUAAUGUUUAAAUAAUUUGAUCAAGACGUCCAUAUAUGCUAAUUUUUAAUAAGAAAAUUUAAUUUUUUUUUAUUUCGGUCUUUUGCCAUGGUAAAAGAAAUGGACAUAUUGUAAAGGUUUGA